AUGACUUCACUUCGGUCCUGGUUCGCCAUACCUCGAGGAUCACACUUCUCAUUAGCAAACAUUCCUUUCGGCAUCAUCUCAACAGCCACGUCAACGUCUCCACGGGUGGCUGUGGCGAUUGGUGACCAUGCUUUGGAUCUCGAGGCUUUUGCUGCGAACAAUGGUUUCUCUGGUCUAUCCACGAUACAGCAACAUCAAGCUGUCUUCUCACAGCCCUCAUUGAAUGCAUUCGCAGCCCUUGGCAAGCCUCUUCACUCUGUUGUUCGCAAAUACAUCCAGAGUGUCUUUGCCGAAGACACCACCUUUCCAGAUAUCCUCAAGACCAACUCAACGCUUCAGAAGCAGGUACUAGUCCCGCUUAAGGACGUCCAGGCACAUUUGCCUUUCAAGAUUGGCGACUACACAGAUUUCUUUGCUGGUGUUAACCAUGCAUACAACUGCGGCGUAAUAUUCCGAGGACCCCAGAACGCACUACAGCCCAACUACAAGCAUCUUCCGGUCGGCUACCAUGGCAGAGCAUCUUCAGUCGUACCCUCAGGAACGCUAAUCCGCCGUCCUAAUGGACAGAUUCUUCUCGAUCCUACCGCCGAGAAGAAGGUCCCUACGUUCUCUCCCUGCAAGAAACUGGAUAUCGAACUUGAGCUAGGUGCCUUUGUGUGUGGAUCAAACAAGCAGGGAGUGCCGAUUCCAAUCGACGAAGCAGAAGACAACCUGUUCGGGGUGGUACUCAUGAAUGAUUGGUCAGCAAGAGAUAUACAAGCAUGGGAAUACGUACCCCUAGGUCCAUUCAAUGCGAAGAACUUUGGCACGACCAUCAGCACUUGGGUUGUUCUAGCGGACGCACUUGAGCCUUUCAAGGCGAAAGCUCUGGAGAAUGAUUCCGAAGUGCUGCCUUACCUGAAAGAGAAAAACGACAAAACCGUCUAUGACAUAAAUCUUCAGGUGGAUGUCAAGACAUCAUCCGGUAACAACACCACAAUAUCAAAAGUAAAUGCCCGGAACUUGCUAUGGUCCUUCCCCCAGAUGCUGGCACAUCACACUAUUACCGGUUGCCCCUUUCAACCAGGCGAUCUACUCGGAUCAGGCACUAUCAGUGGCAGCUCUCCAGCAGAAUACGGAAGCUUUCUCGAGCAAAGCAACAAUGGUAAGUCCGCUAUCACGCUGGACGGUGGUGAAAAGCGGACAUUCCUUGAGGACGGUGACGAGAUCACGAUCAAGGGGGUAUGCGGUACAGACGAGGAGGCCCUGGUUGGGUUUGGAGAGUGCGUUGGGCGGAUCGAGCCCGCACUGACACUGAGUUAUGCUUGA